CGCCAUCUAAAACUAGAAGUUUAGAACUAUUGCGUGGGCCAAUUUGUAUCUGCAAUAACACCAACCACACGGAGUGACGGAGGGAAAUUAUACUCCAUAGAAUCCCUACCAAUAGGUUUUCCAUUAACAAAAAUGGAGGAGUUAGGAUGAUCAACUGUGUUGGGGAUUUGCAUAGCAGUAUCUGCAAUAUUAUCUUUGCUCACAGCAGUGACAAUGAGAUUAGAAGGAGAAGGGAUAAUCUCAAAAGCAGGCGGAUGAGUGACUUGAUCAUCAGGGACUGAAUCUGGCGGAGCAGUAAUAUUUUUCGAAGUGGAUUCAUUGGGGGCUGGAGCCUUAGUAGAACUGGGCUUAGGAUUUGGGGCGUGAACACUGUCUAGCACCACAUUAGGAUUUUCUUUGGUAACCUUCAUCCUUCAUCAUUCGCAGGAAGCACUGCCCGAACCUCUCUAUCCCCUGAAGGCCCUGAACGCUACCGGAGUUUGAUUUUGAGGAUCUCUUGUUUUGUCGAAUUGAUUGGACUUACCUGCAACAAAUUAAAUAUCUCCCAUGGCUUCCUCAAAAAGAAAUUACAAAGAGAAGAUGAUUCGUCGCAAAGAAGAGAAGCAAGAAGAGCCAGAAGUUCCAAAAUAUAGAGAUCGAGCUAAGGAGCGCAGAGAAGAUCAAAACCCUGAUUAUGAGCCAACUGGAUUGGGAGCUUUUCACGCAAUGGCUCCCCCUGGGAACGUUGAUUUAUGGUCAGCUGAUGUGCAUAUGAUAUCUAUCGAGAACAACAAGUAUCUUGGAGGUCCGGUACAUUGCUUUUUAAACACUUGGUACUUGGUGGGUAGUUAGAUUGUUAACAAUAUAAAA